CAGCCCGGCGAGCGUGCAGCCAUUUUGAAUGGCAUAUUGGAGGUGCCUUUCCGAGCCGACACUGGCGCUGGCUACGACGUGAUUACCCGCCACAUUGCGCAUGAACUGAGGAAACUGGAUGAUGACCUCGUGGUGGAAGAGCUGAAAGUGCCGAUGGAGGUUGAAGUGGCAGAUGGACGGCUCGUGCCUUGCACCGAGAUGUGUGAAGUUGACGUGCAGCUAUUAACGGCUGCCGGUGCGGUUAAUCUGCGCAGACUACAGUGUGUAGUGAUCGAUGGAGAUGCGGAUGAGUUCUUACUUGGUGAUCGAACUCUGAAGUCACUUGGGAUCAACGUGAACCAUCUCCUGGAGCGCCUCGCA